AUGGACAAUGACUUGGCGGAUUUAGAGGAUGAAAUGGCUCAUGGUGCAUUGAACAAUAUCGCAGUUUUCUGUCCAGGCUUAACAGAUGGCUCACUGGGAGACAUGUUUUACUUUCAUUCUUUCCGCAGUCUAGGUCUGAUCGUUGAUGUAGUGCAAGAUAUUAGGGCCAUGAACGGCGAAGCUGUCCAUGCAAAUCCAAGGAAGACUGGAAUGAUCAUUCUCGGAGGGGGCCUGCCCAAACACCACAUUUGCAAUGCCAACAUGAUGUGUAAUGGUGCGGAUUAUGCUGUCUUCAUCAAUACUGCACCAAAGUUUGAUGGGAGUGAUUCUGGAGCUCAUCCGGAUGAGGCUGUAUCAUGGGGGAAAAUACGGGGUUCUGCUAAAACUGAGCGUUUUAUCCAUCUGUUUAAUUUCCCUCCUUUUGAUUGGUUGAACCAAGUACAUUGCAAUGCAACAAUUGCUUUCCCUUUGCUGGUUGCUGAAACAUUUGCCAAGAAAGCUGUCGAGACCAUGACUUAA